AUGCUAACCAUGCGCGGCCUCGUGCGCGCCAUCUUCGACGAGCAGCGGCCGCCCACGCCGCCGCGCCGGAAGCUGCGCGGCGCCUCCACGCGUCGCAGCUGGGACGUCAACGACCGCGCCCCCGGCUACAGCAACAACACCAGCAACAACAACAGCAGGGAGAGCGAGCCCUCGUACGUGCCGCAGCCGCUCGAGGGCGAGUACAACGUGUGCUUCCGCCGCAAGCCGCUGGGCGUGGGGCUCGUGCCCAGCUCGCAGCUCUACGGCUCGUGGGAGGUGAGCUCCGCCGACAUCGCCAGGGGCGACGUGCUGGUCGCCAUCAACUUCAGCCGCCGCGUGGCGCAGCUGCCACGCGCGCGGCUCGCCGCGUACCUACGACAGUGCGCGUGCCCCAUCGUCAUGACGCUGCGGAACCCGGACGUCUACGGGUCCUUCGACUCGAGAGCCAUGUCCACGGCAAUGUACCCAUCUUCCAUGGACUACCACCCGCACUGCUACCCGUCCAAAGUGGUGGCCAGGGCGUCGUCCAUGCAGUGGCGACGCUCGCUGGAGCACGACUUGGCUCUGAACGCCAAGUCGGCCAAGAACGACACGGCGAGGGAGCUGGCCCAGGCGCUGGUGAACAGGGACAUUGUCACUAUCCAUGAAGCCCCGCCCGCGGGCAUUGCAGGGGCGUUGGAGAUCAGGGAGAUCGACUGCGCUGUGGUGGUGAGCGGGCUGGAUCAAGACGGGAAGGAGGUCGCAGGCCCAGAGCUGUCCGACAUGGGCGAGUUCGACGUCACGUUCAACGACACGCCGCUGCAUCUGGCGUUGGCGCCCAGCACGCGGCUCUACGGAUCGGUGGAGGUGUACGACCCCAAGCAACACGCCCCCACGGUGCAAGUGGGCGAUGUGAUCAUGGCUGUCAACGGCUAUUCGUCCACGUCGCGGCUGUCGCCUGAUGACGUUAUUGACGCCAUUGCCGAGCUGCACGCGCCGGUCACGCUACGCUUCCGCCGUCCAGUGGCGUACCGCAAGUACUUGGCCAAGUUCUUCAGCACCAAGAAGGAGCUCGCGUCGCAGUCCAUCGCCAAGGCCAUGUUCCCGCCGUCGCCGGAGUACAAGAAGAAGGCGCCCAAGCAAGCCCUCAAGAAAGUGAGCAACCCCGGGUCGCUCGUCUCGCAGAGUUUCAUUGAGCCGGAGACAGCGAGUCUAUCUCCGAAGAAGGCGUCGGCCCCUGGUAACGAGAACGAGGAGCGCGCGAGGGAGUUCAGGGCUUUUGCUGCAAAGAUCGGAGCUCUGGACCAGUUCAAGCUGUGGGCGGGUGGUGAGAGCCCCACGGGGGGACGCCCUCUGGCUGGCCAUCAGUCCGCGUUCCUCACGGAGAAGCACAUGCAGUUCCUGUGGAAGCACCUGCCCAACUAUUUGACGUGCAACCAAAUGGAGCUGAACUUCACCACGCGUGUGCACGGCUGGAACUUCUUGAGCUUUUUCUCGAGGCUGGAGAACAAGGGACCGACCAUCUUGGUGGUGCAGGACGAGCACGAGAACAUCUUCGGAGCGUUCUGCCCAGCGUCGUGGAAGAGAUCGAAGACGUUUUUCGGCAAUGGCCGGACGUUCGUGUUCUCUUUGAGCCCGCACAUGAACGUGUACGACUGGUCGGGCAUCGACAGUUCGUUCAUGUACACGCGACGCGAUGCCAUCUUUGUCGGUGGGGGCAACAAGGGAAUCGCGUUGUGCCUCCAGUUGGACGACAGGCGCGGCUUCACUCACGCCUGUACCACGUUCGACUCGCCACCGCUGGUCGACUAUGAAAGCUUCAAGUGCGAGACCAUCGAGGUCUGGAGCUUCCACGGGCUAAGGGUCUGAGACCCUUUUCGCCUGCAAAAUCACGGCGACUGUACCAAAGCAUUCAAACGACGAAGCCACCGUGAAACACGACGUCGUAGCUUCAUGUACAAUGGUAGUAUUUUAUAUCCCGGUCGGGAAGCUGGAAGUUGAAUGAUUACUUUUAUUAUC